GACAUGGGGGCGGAAGUAGCUGGGAAAGGAAUUGGGAUGUUGAAUUUGGAUGUUGGAGGGGUCACUGGUGGACGGUCUGACCGGGUACCUGGAGUUGCUGUCGAUGGAGGAUCAGGAUGCCAGGGUCCCAGCCCUGGAACCAUUCAGGGUGGAGCAGGCACCACCUGUAAUCUACUACAUCCCUGACUUCAUCUCCAAGGAAGAGGAGGAGUAUUUGCUUCGACAGGUCUUCAAUGCCCCAAAGCCAAAGUGGACCCAGCUCUCUGGGAGGAAGUUACAGAACUGGGGUGGGCUCCCCCAUCCCCGAGGGAUGGUUCCUGAGCGACUGCCACCAUGGCUCCAGCGCUACGUGGACAAAGUGUCUGACCUCAGCCUUUUUGGGGGUCUCCCAGCCAACCACGUCCUUGUAAACCAGUAUCUGCCUGGGGAGGGCAUCAUGCCCCACGAGGACGGGCCACUGUACUACCCGACCGUCAGCACUAUCAGUUUGGGCUCUCACACCGUGCUGGACCUCUACGAGCCUCGGCAGCCAGAAGACGAUGAUCCGACAGAGCAGCCCCGGCCCCCACCGCGGCCGGCCACCUCGCUGCUGCUUGAACCGCGCAGCCUGCUGGUGCUCCGUGGCACCGCCUACACGCGCCUCCUCCACGGCAUCGCGGCAGCCCGCGUAGACGCGCUCGACGCAGACUCCCUGCCUCCCAACGCCGCCGCCUGCCCCUCGGCGCAGCCCGGAGCCCGCCUGGUGCGCGGCACCCGCGUUUCGUUGACCAUCCGCCGCGUCCCCCGCGUGCUGCGCGCUGGCCUCCUGCUCAGCAAGUGACCCCAGGACCCAGGACCCGCUCGGAUUCCUGAGCUCGCUCCCGCUCUGGACUGCUACCGCCCUGUGACCUUGGAUCUCUGGGGCAGAGGCGGCUCCUCUCGGGUUAUUUUCCAGUACCUGCGUGGAAACCGCAGGAAAAGGCCCCAUUCCAAAUAAACCAACAACAAAGUCUUA